GCAGUCAGCCUCCUCUCAAACAGCGACGUGACAGAUCGUGUUGUGGUCCUGUGGGGAUCCACUGAAUCCACCGUGUGCUCAUUGCCCCCAGUGGGUGUCUUUGUCCCGUUUUACUGGUCUCAUGACACCACGCAGGAGAGGGCAAAACACACACACACACAGUCAGACCGUCUCUUACAAUAAUUGUUUUUUUUCUUUUCUUUUGACCAUCAGUCCAUGAAUAUCAGCACGUGGCCCCCACGUCACGUGAAUACCAGCACCUUGGACAGCAGCCUCAGCCAGCCUGCCUGCCUAUGGACGGAGCUCAGCUCUUCUCAGGCGCACGGAGGGAGGAUGUUUUCACCGGACAGCGGCGGCGUGGAACCGCACACACGGAGAAGUUCAGGUGUUUGACCCGACGCGCCUGAACACCGGCUGAAAUCAAGUUUUAACAUCCCGGAGAUCCUCGACUCGAGCCUGCCAUGUGAACGGCUAUUUUAUUGUCCCACUGAUUCACGCAGGGCCUUGGUUUCAUUUGAUGAAGGUAUGAUGAUGAUGAUGAUGAUUUGCAGUUGUUUUUGACAACCCGGAAGGGCCGGCUGCAUUCUGCCGUCGGCUCAUUUCGUGGCUGUGCAGGAAUCCACAUCUGUCACCCCCGUCUUGAUGUGUGGUGCAGAGAUGGUUGGGGAAAAGCAGACAACCCGCAUUGCAAGUGAAAUGGGUUGUUUGUUUAUUUAUUGUUCAUCUUUUUGUUUUUGGCAUCCAUCUCCAGCAUGCAAAGCUGCCGGAUUGUAACUCUGAAACCGGGUCGUCGGACUUGCUUUAAGGGGUGAAAGUGUGGGACGAAACAGGCUCGAUUUUCAGGUCAAAAAAAAAAAAAAAAACCAAGACCAGCAGCUCGGAAGAGGAAGCUGGAGAUUUGGAUGGUGAUUUGGUGGCUCGCGACAAAGCGAAGUGUGCACGCUUGUUACCUCGUGUGAUUUCACCUCCCCCGCAGGGACUGAGGAGCUCUGAUAUAAAUCGGCUUCAACUUAGUUGUUAAUAGGAUUUAAUAUCCCCCCACCACCUCUGGCACCCUCGCUGCCUUUUCAGGCUGCAGAAGACUAAGACACCCGGAAUUUUGUUGGACAGCUCCUGUUCACCGUGAGCACCAACAGGACCCGUCUGAACCGCGGGAUGUUCACAAACAAACCGGGCAGAAAAUGUCGCUAUGAGGGGAUGCUGCUGGACCCUUCGGACUUUAACGUCGGUGCCUCUCAGUUCGUGGCUUUCAGCCUCCAUUGAAUCCCUACACAAAACGCCUCCAUCCAUGAAAAAUAAUCCCUCCCCAUUGGCUGGAUUGCGGUGCACAUGCUAUAACAACAGGAUAUGCAAAGAGCUAUGGGCUGAUCUAAUAGCCUAUCAUGUUUUCCGCACGCUUUUUUGACCGAGAUCUGUUUUUUUAUUUUAUUAAAUAGGAUGUGAACUGUACACUUGAAUCAAAUGUUUCAGCUUAAUAAUAACAAUAAUAAGCUGAGGACUGUUUUAUUUCGCAAAGCAGUGGUGUCUGUGUAAAGCUGUUGAAGAAUGUUUAAGUAUCGGAUCCGGAUGUUUUUCAAUGAACUCAAAGUGUUGCUACUGAUGCGUUCUGGAUCAAGCAGGAGGACUGACACAGGCACAGACCCGGACACUCGGACCAGGAUGCGAGGGCUCGCCAUUGGAGGCUGUGGUUGGCCGCCGUUGAACUGCUCUCAAAGGGACGAUGAGGAGGAAUAUUACGGCUCUGACCCCCGGCCACGCAGCCUGGCUUUUGAAGGUAAUGAGGACGAGACCAAACCCAAGGGAGGAGGCCUGGACGCCGCUUCCCUCCCGAGUCUCUCAGAGAGCGGGAUGCGAUCACCGCAGUGCCGGAUCUGCUUCCAGGGGCCGGAGAAGGGGGAGUUGUUGAGCCCUUGUCGCUGUGACGGCUCUGUGCGCUGUACCCACCAGUCCUGCCUUAUCCGCUGGAUCAGUGAGAGGGGCUCCUGGAGCUGUGAGCUCUGCUACUUCAAGUACCAAGUCCUGGCCAUCAGCACCAAAAACCCACUGCAGUGGCAGGCCAUCUCUUUGACUGUGAUCGAGAGGGUGCAGAUUGCAGCCAUCAUCCUGGGAUCUCUGUUCCUCAUAGCCAGUAUCUCCUGGUUGGUGUGGUCCUCUCUCAGCCCCUCAGCCAAAUGGCAGCGGCAGGACCUUCUCUUCCAGAUAUGCUACGGCAUGUAUGGCUUCAUGGACAUAGUUUGUAUAGGACUUAUAAUCCACGAAGGAUCAUCUGUGUACCGGAUCUUUAAGCGCUGGCAGGCGGUGAACCAGCAGUGGAAAGUGCUGAAUUAUGAGAAAGCGAAGGACUUGGACGACCCCAUCAGCUCCAACAGUAAAGGUCGUACUGAGAGGAACUCUGCUCACACUGUUACAGACAGCAGGCGGAGGGCGGGUCGACAUGUCAGGACUAUUCUCAGCCACCACUGCCGCUACACUAUUUUGCACAUCCUCAGCCAGUUAAGACCCAACAACCUUCACCGUGCCAACCAGGAGGUGGUCAUGAGGGUGACCACUGUAUGAGGCUGGGUUAUACAGACAUAAAAUGCUCCCAUGAUUAAGGAGUGACUGGGAUUAAUAAUAACAAUAAUAAAAAAGAAAUCCUAAUUUGUCACAUUAUCACUGCCGUUAACUUCUAGUCUUGUAUUUUUCUUGCAGAUUCUCCUUUGGGUCAGAGUGGACAAUAGAAAUAUUUCUCAGAUUUUGGCAAAGGGAGCACAUUGCAGUUUUAUGAGUCUUUAAGGACUCAGACAUUGAAAAUAAGACAAAUAAGAAAAAUGUACACCAGUACAUUUUGAAAAACAAAAAGCUUUGAUUUUUAAAGCUCUUGACCAUUUUCUAGCACCUUGACUACUGUUAUGAAAUGUCAUUGAACUGUUACAGGUUUGCUUUCUAAAGAAAAAAUAAAAAUAAUGUUAAUAUGUUUGAAUUGGAUUUUGAAUAGAGAGCACGAUGGUGAAAAUCACUGUAAUCCUACUUAUCUAAUGACCUCACCCCCUCACUAAUUUAUUCAACAUACCCCUGAGGGUCCACUACAGUCUGGUAGAUUUUCACUUGAAGCAGCAGCAUGGAUGAAUCAGACAUUAAGAUGCCCAAUAAAACUUUGAUACAUGACACAAUUGCUUAAAAUAUACCCUUAAAGUACGAUUCACAUCUUGUAAUAAAGACUUUGUGGAUCUCAGAGGAAAA